UUGUGAAACGUCGGUUGUGUCGGUAUUGUUCUUAUUCUGCUUAAUAAUGUAACAAGAAAAUCUCCAAGUGUAGAAUUGAGGAAUCCUAUUUGAGGCUUUAUUGGACAACAACAAUAAUAGAAAAAACUCUCCUGAAGUGUGUGCAUGAGAGUUGAGCUUCUGUGUGUGCGCAAUAGCGAUAUAAAAACUCCCGAAACUGAAAAAGGAAGAGCAAAAAAAAAAACAAAACUCGAUACCCCCUACUUUUUGAAAAAAAAACAAAUAUCUAUAAAAGAAACAACGUCGUCACGCGGACCAGACCUAACGAGGGAGGCCAAACACUCACAGAGAAAAUAAAAAUAACCAAGAACUGCAAAAAAGGACAACGGUCCGCCAAGCAAACCAGCAACCAGCAAAAUUUCAAUCAACUUACUCUUGUGCGUGUUCGUCUGUCGUUCUUGUCGUCGACACUGUAGCUGUCGGUGCUGGUAUCGAGUCUAACGUGUCGCCAGCGUUCUUGGCUGCGGUGGUGCUACAGGAGUUUUCGUCCUUCCUCAUCCUCGUCCGCUAACAAUGUUCGCUCCUAGCCGUGGUGGCAGUGGCGAUAGAGGUGGAGGUGGCGGCAUUGGUGGUGCACCAUUGAAAUUACAAAGCAUGUUUGUUUUAUGCGGUUUGCUUUUGCUGGUGCCACAAUUGGCGUCGUCGUCAAUACUGGAGAAGCUAAGCGAGGACACCGAUUUGUCACAGACUGCAUCACUAAGGAAACAAAUGCCUGUUAGGUUUUAUAGUUUAUUGGAGUCAAAUCAAAUUGCAAAUUCCACAUUAUCACUGAGAGCGUGCACACUGUUUGUACCCACAAACGAGGCAUUCCAGCGCCACAAGAACAAGGCCACCUAUGUUCUCUAUCACAUGGCUACUGUGGCCAUGACUCAGGAUCAAUUGACCAAGACCAUACCAUCCGACAUGGAUGGUAAUCCUCCUUUGUACAUAACAAAGAAUCGCAAUGGUGAUAUCUAUGUGAACAAUGCCCGCAUCAUACCAUCGCUGUCGGUGGAAAUGACCAAUCAUUUGGGUAAGAGGCAGGUAAUGCAUAUUAUAGAUGAAGUUUUGGUUCCACUUACACCGCUGCCCAAUACCAAAACGGAAAUCACCAAUCCAGAUGCAUUUCAAUUUUUGCAACAGUCUGAUUUACUCGACAUCGGAGAGGAUAAUCGUUUGAGAGUAUAUCGCUCUCAAGUGACCUUAAAGGGCAAGGAAAACUUGUUCCAAUCUCCCGGUGGUCACACUUUUCUUUUGCCAGUAGAUGAUGGUUUCAAGGCUACUGCCCGUAGUAGUUUGGUGGAUAAAAAAGUCAUCGAUGGGCAUGUCUUAUUGAACAAUGUGAUAUUUACAGCGGCCGCACCCAUGGACGUACCCCAAACCACUGCCGCCUUCGAGGACAACAUCAAAGUGACUGUGACUUUCUUUAAAGAGAAGAAUGGUAUAAUGUAUGCGAAAUCGAAUACCUUGUUGGGUGACAAUAAACAUGCCACCGGAGUGGUGCUAUCGGAAAUUGUGGCAGCCAACAUUCCCGUACGUAAUGGAGUUGUCCAUCUCAUUAAACGCCCACUGAUGAUUGUCGAUACGACAGUAACUGAAUUUCUGCAGGAACAUGGGGCUUUAAAGGCGUUCUUCGACACCAUUAUGUCUAAUGGAGGUUAUGUUUUGAAUGAUAUCAAGAAUUACACAAAAGUUACAAUUCUGGCCCCCAGCAAUGAGGCUUGGGAAAAUCCUGCACUGGCCAAUAUCAGAAAUAACACCGAGAGAAUGCGUGAAAUUUUGAAUAUGCACAUCAUUCGGGAUCCUCUGAACAUUGAGAACAUCAAACAAAAGAAUCAAAACAUGAUUGCCCAGGUGCCCACUCUUAGUAAUCACACAUUCCUGUAUUUCAACAUUAACGGCGAAGGAGAUGACGAAGUCAUUACAGUGGAGGGUGGCGGCGUCAAUGCCACCAUUGUACAAGCCGAUGUGGCCAAUACCAAUGGCUUUGUGCACAUUAUCGACAAGGUCUUAGGUGUACCCUCGACCACAGUCUUGGGCAAAUUGGAAAGUGAUCCUAUGCUAAGUGAUACCUACAGAAUGGGCCAGUUCUCCAGCUUUAAUGAGCAGCUGAACAAUACCCAAAGGCACUUCACAUACUUUGUGCCACGCGACAAGGGCUGGCAGAAGACCGAAUUGGAUCACCCUUCAGUGCACAAAAAGUUAUUUAUGAGAGAUUUUUCAUAUCACUCCCGUGCCAUUCUUGAGCGCCAUUUAGUUAUAGCCGACCAGGUGUACACCAUGAAAGAUUUGGUUGCCAUGAGUCGUGAGAGUGACUCCAUAGUCUUGCCCACUUUUAGAGAUUCCCUGAAGAUCAGAGUAGAAGAGGAAGCUGGACAUCUUCAUGAUGAGUUUGCUUCUCAUGAAUGGAAUGGAUAUGUCAUCAUAUGGAAUCACAAAAAAAUCAAUGUAUAUCGCCCGGAUGUUGAGUGUGUCAAUGGCAUCAUUCAUGUCAUUGAUUAUCCAAUGCUGGAGGAGAAGGAUGUCGUCGCGAGCGGAGAUAUAUAUUCUCAACAAUAUACUGCAAUUGACUAAAGUAAAUCAUUAUAUUAUUAUUUUAUAGGUUAGACAUUUUAAAGAAAACCAAACCAAACCAAACCAAAAAGUAAAUAAAAAUAUCUCUCUCUGUCUCUACCCCUCCCCAAAAAAACCAAUCAAACCAAACCAAAACCAAAUCUAUCAAUUGAUAUCGAAAUACUGCGAACCACACUUGUCACAAAAAAAAAAAAAAUAACAACCAUGGAACAUAAAUGUUUUAAAGUAAAUUGCUAAAUAAUUACCUACAUACAUGCAUAUACAAUAUCUAUUUAGAGAAAAAAUUUAUGUGUAAGUAUUAUUAUUAAUAUUAUUAUAUAGAAAUGUGUAUAGGGAAAUGUGCCAAAGAAUGGUUGUGCGUCCCAAUUCACAGUGAGAAUCGGAACUUUAACUAACUUGUGGGCAGCUUAAAUGGUUGACGGAAUGUUCGUUUGCAAUUCUUUUAUUUUUCUCUUUUCGUUGUUCGCGAAUUCUGUUUUAAUUCUCCUUUCAGGGUCCAUUUAGCGACACUUGUUAGAGGAGUGAAUGUAUAGUGUCUCCGCACUCCGUGCGAGUGCUUUGCCCUAUCCCACCCACCGUCCACCAACAUCGAAUCGUUUUCCGUCUUGUCGAUAUAUGUGAGGAGCUUCCUAUGAGUUACGUUUGCAGACUCGGACAUGAAGAAUAAAAGUGCUCAAUCUCAAUUUAGUUCCCAGCAAGACUACUUUUUCAGUAAUUAUUGUGCGGCAAUCCGGUGAUUGGCAAGGACUCUCAUUUGAGUUAGUUCUCCGAGAUCUUAUGCCGCAACAAACAAUUUUUCUUCGUCUUAUUUUCUGGGCGAUGUCGAGCCAACGAGGGCUGAACCUCCUAUAAUCAUAUGUAAAUGUGAAUUUGAACAAUGGUUCAAGCUUCGGGACCGCGUUCUUCGUAGCACAUUUUUCCGCUUUCUCAUUUGAAGAUCUUUCUCAACUAUUGCGAAAUCAGAACAGAAUACGCAGUCCAGAUUGGCAGUUUCGGUUAGUGAAAAUCACUUGGACAAUUUAGUAAGCUGUAACCACAGGAACAGAAAAGGAGCACUUAGAGUUUAAAAAGUGAAACUCCAUCGGCCUGUGCUGAUAUAAAAAAUUUCCUAUAAGCAAGAGGAAUCAAUUAAAUUUAGAACUAUUAUACGUAAUAGCAAACAAUUUUAUAUUUAGAAGUUUGUUCUGGUAUUCACUUUCACUUUUUCUCAUCAAAAUAAAUUGUAUUAUCACUUAAAACAAAAAAACUUCUUUGGUUUUAUAGAAGAAAUCUCGUAAUGAAAAUUAUGGAAAUUUUGACACCUCAUUCACUUGAUAAUAGAAAGUGUUUUAUAAGACAUCUUUCUCACAUUGUUUUGGCGAUUGGCAAACUAACUGACUUACCAACCCAGUUUAAGAAAGUAAACGCCCUGUUGGGCGUUUUGCAAUUACCAGAGUCAAUGCUUCUUAUUGAGAAAAUUCCAUACCAUUGCCUGCAAACUUUCAAAGUUGAAACAGUUUAAAAUGCCCAAUGAAAAAUACGAAAGCAAACCAUAGAUUUCGUUGCCAAGAAUGAUGAACCGCUUGCUGAUCAUGACGUGACAUGAAAAAAUUAAUUACCAGCCAUUGUCCACAGCACACUUCCCUAUCCUAUCAGAGUAUUUAAUAAUUGCCCCUUCCUUUAAUUUAUAUCGUCAAUUUGUUACCUUUAAAAAAUAAACCCCCAUUAUUUGUAGUAGUUAAAUAAUAAAUCCUUUGAUCACCCUAAUAAUCAAGUAAGUGAAGUGAAACAGUCAAGAUGUGUGUGUAUAUUUCUAAUCUCUGUUAUAAAAACAAAAAUACUUUAAAUAAAACAACAAGUCUUAUAGAAAGUAAAGAGGACUAUUAUUAAACUUAGGAUGGUAAUUUAAAAGUAAAUUAAAAAAAACACACACACCAGUUAACAGUUGCCACAGCAAAAUGCAUUCACGCCCACCAAUAUUUUCAAAUAACAACAACAAUAUGUUUUCCCCAAUCAUAUGUUUUCUUGUAGCUCAACACAUGUUACCAAAUAUGGCUGGUUGCAUUUCGAUAAAUGUUUGUCAUCACACAGACCACUAAAAUGUUGAUUAGAUGCGUUUUGUUCGAACGUUAAAACUCAACAUAACUACAUUCAUUGAAAAUGUUAGAGAAUAAUGACAAGCAUUGACCAUCAUAAAUUGAAUUUCGUUGCACUGUUCUGGUGCAAAUCAUUGAUUGUUGUGAAAGAAGUAGAAGAGAAAAAUUCAAAAUGUUUGUGAAUAUUGUGGUUCUUCUUCAAUUAAAAAACAAAAGAAAAAACCACCAACAAAAUUAAUGCGCUUAAUUUAUUUAGUUCAGAUGUCCAUAUUUUCUUUAUUAUCAGUGGGGACUUUCAGCUGUGAUCGAUUAACUUGCCAAGACCAAAUGUGGCACUGGUGUAUGACACGAAAUCAGAAUACUGGCUAAAAUACACUAUGCAUAACAAAUUGUAGUUUAUUUGUAUUAUACGCAUGAACACUUUACAGGCAUUGGGGGUAGGCCAAUUAGUAAUAUCGUCUUUAUAAUCUCAUCUAAUAGGCAUAUAUAUAUAUAUAAUAGGAAGUUUAUUCAGUUAAAAACUUUACAAAUUGCCUAACGAUAAAAUUUGUCAUCCACAUGGAUAGUAAUAGGUAUGGCAACUUUUGUCAAGUAAUGUCGAUAAUAUUGUUUGCGCAGUCUGGUAACACGAGACAUGUAAACAAACGCAUACUAGAGCUGGCAAACUAUCGAUGGCGCUAUCGAUACUAUCGAUGGUUUUGUUAAAACGCAUGGUACAAUUAAGAGGCAGGGUCAUUAGCACAACAACAAAUUUCUGUGCCCAACGAAACUACAUUGAGUGGCAAAUGCCGUAAAUUGAAAUGUCAAAGUGGUUUUAGAAAUAAACUCUGUUUCACAACUUAUCUUCUUCAAAUGUGUUUUAUAUUAUUUGUAUGUUCAUCAUUAUAACACUGUUUUUUUGCUUAUAUGAGGAAUAUCGAAUCAAUUAAAACACAUUUUAAAGAUUUUAGAACAAAAAAUCACAGCUGUGUUAUCAAGCGUUUGUCAUUUAGAUUUACUGCAAAAUCAAAACAAACCCUAUAUAUGUACAUCCUGGUUAAAACGUACCCUUUAUUCUAUAAAAAAUUAUUGGAUUAACCAACAACUCCAUGGUUCAGAAGCCAAACGUUAGUUUUUAAAAUAGAAAGAAAAAAUCUCCAAAAUUUAAAGCAAAUUACUUUCUAAUCUCUUUUUUUUUUAAAUAGUCCUGUAAACUGAGCUAAACUGAACAGUGUGGAGCAAUUUUUGGGUCAUGAUCUUAGUUGUGGGAAACACCAACUUUGGCCUAUAGCAUUUGUUCAGAGGGUCAAGGACCAAAAGGGGUUAACAGUUCUCAGAUCAGGCGUUUGUAAGGUGUUUUUAAUAUAAUCUUGAUCGAAGACGGGUCAACAAAUCUCUCAAAUAUAGCUCGGGUAUAGCUGGUUGGCUGGCUAAUCAAAGAUCGGCAUACUCGAAUUUCCUCUUUUUUUACGUGUUGAAUUUGAAAAUAUGCAUAUCUCAUUAUAUAUUUUACCAUUUUGUCAAUAAUAUCGAAACUAUCAAAUGAUCAAGAUCAAGCGGAUACAGGACAAGGAGAGAGUAACAGCGGUACUCACAAAAUUUCUUUGUAGAACUCUCAAAUAAACCUACAUUAAAGCUAAUUUAAGUUUGGCGUAUAUGGCUGUAAGCAGUUAGACAAUUUGUAUGUCAAUAUUACUCCUCAUUAUUUGUUGUUAAACAACAAAAAUAUGGGCAAAGACUAGACAGAUUAAAAUGUCUUCACGAUUCUUUAACCCAUAUACAAUUUUUGUAUUGCGUAUAUCUCACCUAGAAGCGAUAACAAAUAACUGAAAAAGCAAUAGAUAUCGAUUUGUUGAUUGUUGUAAAGUAGAGUUUAUAUGGCACAUCAUGAUCGUACUCAUCGUGUGUACGUGUUGAUUACAACUUUUGUCCAAAACAGUACAUCGAUUUAUUCUUUUCUUUGGUUUUAUUUAAUUUUUCAUACUUUACUUCUCAAUUCUUAACCUUAUUUGUCACACUACGUGUUUUUCAAUAUCUGUCAAUUAAUGAUUGCACAUCUCUUUGUAAACGGUUAUCGAUAGACGUCAUUCAUCGAAAAAAAUCAAAUGAUUUUGAUUUCGAUUUUUCAGCCAUGACUGAUGGUUAUGUGUACAUGUGACGAAUACACCUUUGUUUUCACCAAUACUAUUACAAUAAACAUACAUCAGAUGUGGCACAUAAACUCAGCAUAAAUUGGUUUACAGGGAAAAAUCUUCAGCAAUUAGUACCAAUAAUCUUUAAAUGUGAAUAAAAUCCCUUGGAGAUUAGAUGAACAGAAACUUUUAGAAAGUUAUAUGCGUUAUUUGAGGAAAGGUAUUAGAGGUGGUCAUUUUUAUUCCUUUUAGUGAUCGCUCCUUUGAAUUCCGUUCCACAAAAAGAACUAGUUAAAAUUCAUAUUUUGUACUUUGUUUUAAACAAGUAUUAAGUGCUCGACGCACGUUCAACUCGAAACAUGAAUCGAAGCGCUAUUUAGAUUUGUUGACAAUAAGAAAAAAUAGCAUGUGGAUGCCACCACUUUUUUUAUUUGUGCCACCACAUUCAUUUAAUAUGGUUGCCACAAAUCACUUAUUUUCCAUUCACCAAAAUCACAACGAACACAGUUGUUGCCCAUUGAAAGAGUUGACGCUUUUAUUAAGUUGUUGUAUGAAACUGAAAGAUAUGGCAUGUCAAUCGGCUGGUGUACAACAGUUCCUUACUUAGAUAAGUUCCAAUUAACUAGUUCCAUCAGAAACUACUCAACUCUAAAAGAUGUGACUUUGAUUAACUAUUUGUCAACCAAAAAAUGGAUAACUGCCGCUGUGACGUUAUCGUAACGUGUUUACUCUAUAACAUAAAGAGAACUAAAAAAAGAAGAAUUACCAUUUCUGAUUGAUACUUUUGAAUCACGUGUUUCGUGCUUUCCUGUUAUGCCUUCUAUUUAUUUAACAACUAUAACAUUCAAUGACAAUUCAAAUUAAAAUUCUAUAUUUCUGUUUAUAAAAAAAAUACAAUCAAAAGAAACAACAUAAAUUGCAUACACUUGUAUAAUCGGAAAAAAUACCUUAAAAGCCUAGUGGUAGUUUGAUUGAAUAGCUCCUUCCGCUAUAUUAUUUUGGAAGUACUGCUACAGUAACUGUAUUCAAGCUUGAGAGUCCACACAAAUAUAUGUAUGAAAACAUUAAAUCAAAAAACACAUGUAAAUCGAUGCUUAGUCACAAGACAUAAAAGUAAAAGCAUAAAUUGAAAUUCAUGAAUCCUGAUAUACCUACUUAAUACCAGUAUUGCUAAAUAAAAAGCUUUAAAACGAAAACAGCAAACAACAAAUAAUUAAUUUACAAACAAAACAAGGGGAUAGAAAUAAAAAAAAAAAUUAUAAAUAAAUAAAAUCCAAACAAAAACAAACAAAUUACACUUUAAAUAAAACCACCAUCUUUUAUCUCCGCAGUCAGUAGUUACACGUUAAAUAAAAUCCCCCCUCAAUAACAAAAAAAAAAAUUAACAAAUGAAUUUAAAAGAAUCAUUGGUGAGAAACUAAAGUAGCUUAACACGAUAAUCUUAAGCCCAAAGAGGAGGAGUGAAAGUUUGAACAAAAUAUAAAAACUUAAAAUUUUUUUCAAAAACCAAAAACGUAGAUAGAUUAACGUGUAACUAGUGCCUUACUUAAAGUUUAACUCAAAUACCUAAAAGAGCAUACAACCUACACAAAAGAAAAAAUUAAAGCUAAAAUUAAAAAAGGAAAAUUUUUAAAAAUAUUACAUUUAUAUUUAUUUUUAAGCCGGCAGAAAUUGGUAAGGAAGCAUAUAAAAUUCGGUAUGAGUGUGGUAACAGCUGAUCUACAUUACAUCUACAAUUAGUGAAGAAAGAAACACCCGUUUAAUAAAGUUAAUAUGUUGUAUCUCCAAUUAGAUAACAUUAGUCGAAAUUCUCCUACCGAAAUAUAUAUUUCAUCUAAAGGUAGUAGCGUGGUUUGCAUUUUCUAAAUCUGCAUUAUUUCCUUUCCCGCGUAGUGCACGUAUAUAGGAUUUCGGUAGUCUAAGCUUCCAAUGUGUCUAUCUUUCCUUUUUUUUAUUUUUUCUGCAGAGCUACUUGCUUUGAAGAAAAAUAAAAUAAUUAGUGACACCUAUAAGCUUGACAUUUGCUGCCGAAUUGGCAGAGCAAAAAAAAGAUUCUCUGUUAUUUCAAUACUUUUUGUUGUACUUCCAACUAUAUUUGCUAAUAAUUGUUGGAAACGAACAUCCAACAAAAUUCCCUUUUUUAAAAUGUUGACGCUGGUUGAAAAACGGAUCGGCCACGUUUUUAAUGACUCAGUGAAAUGAGAAUGUUUUCACAUAUUUUUUUCCAUAUAGGAUUUUCACUGUGAAAACUGAAUACCCACCUUAAAAUAAAUAUUACUACUACUGCUAAUAAAGGCCUAAACAGAAUAAGGGCGUUGAGGAGCGUCACGUUCACGCUCCGCAACUCUGUAAACAAAUAUUUAAAAAAGCAACUGGCAAAUGUUAAACAAUUUACUUCAGAGUCUCAACCCAACCAAAGAGUCAAAGUCAUUAAAAAAUCACUAGCGGCGAAACCAAAUAAGAGACGCAUAAUAUUGAGUCAAAUUUGAGGACUGAAAGAGAAACAGCGACACUGGUGGUAAAGAUGUUAUUUAAUUAAUACAGUUCCAAUACUUUUUAAUAACUUCGAAGUACCCGAAAAUUCAUUUAAAAUGCAUUGUGAUUUUAUCACAAUAUUUUUGUAGAUUUAACAUACAAACAUCUGCAAUUUUGUAAACAUGUUCAUGUAAGGUUACCAUAACCUUUUAGUAAAAUUUUCUGAAAAUUGUUGGCUAACGAAUUUCCGUGAAAAUGUGGCAACAUUUUCAGUGUGAAAUAUGAUGAGAAAAGAGAGCAUUGAGAGCGACGCUGUCAAAAUAUAAUAGAUUCUAUUUCAGCGUCAUGACGCUAGAAUCUGACUCUAGCCGCGGCGGUUUUUUUGCUUUCCCAUAUAAAAUGCAUGUAAAACAACUUGGCGCUGACUUUUGUCUCUUUAAUUGGGUUUAAACUCUCACGAGUGGCAACACAAAGUGAUGCUUGCUUUGAAGCCUCAAAGUUGUCAAAUUUUCAACUAUUCCGCGUCGCUUCUGUGCCAAGCUUUUAAAAUAUGUGCGUACAAACAUUUGAGCUUAGCAGAUUUUUUAAAAAAAGGAGGCAAAAAACUAGUGUUUAUCGGCGUUUACAAGGUCCACAAUGCGAGAGAUUCACUAAAUGGUUUAGUGAAUGAAAGUGAAAUUUAAUUGCGAACAUUUUUGUAGAAUAUUAUGAUCUGCCACAAAAAAGACGCCUUCAGCGAGUCCUUAAUUGUUAAUAUGUUUAACACAAUGACAUUUUUAACAUUUUUAAAUCUACUGCAUCCUCAAAAUGCAGCAAUUACAAGGAAACACGAUAUAUACUUUCGAAACAUUUGCUGUGUUUUAGCUUAGUCUUAUCCAGUGCAAUUCAGAUGUCCUGAAUAGAAUACUGGUAGGUUAUCGUUAUCAUGCGAUAACAAAUAAAAAGCAAAGACUAAUUAUGAUUUGUACUAUAAAGUACUACUACUACUGAAAAUUUUGCUGAUCUUAACGCCGGGAUUUGAACCCAGGCGUUCGGCGUCAUGGGCGGACAUGCCAACCUCUGAGCCACUAUAAAGUACUAAAAUAAAGCACAGUAAUUGUUGCAGGCGUCUGCUUAUUUUACCAUAACUUAAAUAAUCGACAGUUUUUCAAUUUAGUGAAACGGAUUUUUUUUAAUAUGUUUAUGUAAAUUUGACAUAGAAAAUGGCGUAGAAAAAAGCUGCUUUUCUCUCUAUUUUUGCCACAAUUAAAGGGAAAUUCUUGUUAUCGGCUGUUAUCAGUUCUUCCGAGCGCAUAACUGAAAAAACUGUUGUUAAGACUUCCAAUUCAUAGAUAUUUAAAUUUUUUCCUACAAUCUAUUCCCAAUAGAAUGAGAAAAAUUAAAAUUUUCUUUGUUAAAUUUCUCAUCAUGGAAUUUUACCUCAUUCCCAUACGUCACUUUUGGUGUAUUUCGAAGGAAAUGAGGUACAAAAAAAAAUAAUAAUAAUUGCAAUAUUUAUAUAUGUAUGUCAAUAAAAAAACAAAAAAAAAAAAUACAAUAUAUACGAGUAUAGUACACAUACAUACGUCGCAACCAAAAUACUUUGUUUCGUUCCAACAGUUAUAAUAAAUGGUCUUAUAAUUAUUACAUAGUUCUUAAUAUUAAUUGAAAUUUAAUAAUAAUUAAAAAAUAAAACAUCAAACAAAACAACAAUAAACCAACAACUAAAUAUAUUUAUGGAUUGCAUCUAUUAAUUUAAGUAUAAAUAAAAGGAAUAUAAAUAAUAGUGAAAAAGAGGAAAUAAUAAUACAUAUAUGCAUAUACAUAUGUUAAUACUAUAUACAAAACAUAAUAGUAACAGCGGACGAAGCAAAACAAAAGGAAAACAGAUAAACAAAAACCUAAAAAUGCUUAAAAUCUUAUUUUUCUGCAAACAUUAUUGAACAACAAAUACAAAAAAAAAGAAAUGGGAAAUCAUUUAUUUUUCUAUGCCGUAUAAAUAAACCACAACAACAACUAAUUCAUCUUAAGCAGAACAACAAUAAAAUUCUACAAUAAUUAUACACAUACAUACAUAUAUACAACACUCGUACACAGCUGCAUACAACCAAAUAAAAAACACCACAAAAAGAAUACCUACCUACAGUAAUUAUAAUCUAUAACAAAUAUCAAGUGAUAAUAUUAUAAAAAACAACAACAACAAACAAAAAUCAAAUAAUAGUUAUACUUUACACACGAACAAACUUGAAAAUGUAUUUGUAAACUUGUAGGCAGGCCAUCCACAUGCAAUACGACCGACGUACAUACAUACGUACUCCUCGUCGUUUCAACAAAAUCAAAUCAAGUCAAAUGAAAAAUGAAUGUCACGCUUUAAAGCCAAUAAAGAAAGAUUUUUUAAAAACUCUA